GUUUUAUCUCAGUCUAGCUCUAACUUAUUCCCAUUUUCUCCUAUUAUCUUACCUAGCUACAACAUGCCACCCUCCACCACCCGCAGUAAUACACGCCGAUAUCGUUCCGAUCCCUCGAACUUACCCCGGCAGAAAUCCAUCGCGUGUCGUAAUUGCCAUGCUCGGAAGAUUAAAUGCUCUGGGAAUAAACCAUGUAACAAUUGUUCUUUGGCAUCUGAAUGCGUGUAUCCGACGCGAGAUCGGCAGAUCAGGGUAAACCAAAGUCUCCUUGACCGCCUCCUUCAAGAGAAUGAGGAAUUACGUGCCCAGAUCCAUCCUGAAUCGCCACAACCCAGAAAUACAGAUGUACCCUGGCAACCUGCUCCGACAUCCAACGACCAUCAAGAUGCUGCUGAGGAGAAGAUACUGGAAGAAAUAGACUGGUUCGCCCACACGAGAACAUCCGAUACGCCCAUCUGGAUAGGCGAGAUUUCCGAUGCAGCGUUUGCGACUCGCUUCCGACAAUUUGCCUCAUCUUCCCAAACACCAAGUCACAUCCCUCGCACACAGUUCGCUUCCGACGACGAUCUACGCCUCCUGGUCACUACGAAUCCAGCCUGGCCGACACCGCCCCGCGCCAGGCUUUUGGUUCAGACAGCGCUGAAAUUUCUCCGGUGCAGCUACCACGUAGUGCGGCGCAGCGAGAUACUCUCGGCGCUGAACACCUUCUGUUUAGACCCAAGCAACGCUGGCGCUAGCCCUAUUAUGAAAUCCAAGAUGUGGGCUUUGUUUGCACUUGGUGAACUAAGAUCAAGUAAAUGUCUGAGUUCUAGCAAAAGACUUCCUGGGUUAGCCUACUUUGCAGUUGCCAGCGAUACUGUCCGUAUGAUCAACGAAAGGCCACAGCUCGACGUGAUCGAGACAACCUUGAUUCUGACUCUGUAUUCGCUCGAGGCAAACCGCCGGCAUUCUGCGUGUACACUCGUUGGUUCAGCCAUGCGCCUUGCGACCGUGAUGGGUCUCCAUCUCAACAUUGGCGACACCUACCUUGCAGAUCCUGAACUAAGAGAGCAUCGCAUCCGGGUGUGGUGGUCAGUCUAUAUCCUCGACCGUCUGUUAUCUUCAAAGAUUGGUCUUCCGCUACUCAUAUCAGACGAAGAUAUCUCGGUCGAUCUACCCUCCAACAGCCCUGCUCUCACCUCAGAAGACUUUGGCGACCAUUCUCACUUUUUAGCUAUUGUGCGACUUGCCAAGAUCGCAGGAAACAUCUCUAGAUCUCUCUAUGUCCGGACACCUCAGCGCGGUACAUUUCUUCAAAGGGUUGCAAGGAUUCGAGAGGAGCUUGAUCACUGGAAGGGGGAACUACCAGAUCAGGUAAAGGCUGACUUCAGUCGCACCGACGAGACUGAGGAUCACUCUCAGUCUGCUAUCUCUAGAUUGAAGGUGUCGUUUAACCAGUUAUUCAUCUUAGCAACGAGGCCUGCACUCCUCUUCUGCUUUCGUCGACAGGUAGAUGAGGCUGCGGCAGCGUCGAGAGAAAACCCUCUUCCAGAUGCAGCUCGCGAAGCGGCAGAGGCGUGCGUCAGCGCUGCUCGACAAUCCUGCCAGCUGUUGUUGCGGUCCUGGGUAAAUGGCGAAUUCCACACCUUCGAUUACUCUUACGUACAACACCUUUUCUCUGCUGCAGUGAUCCUCGCGAUAGCGAGCACACUGGGUCAGGAUACCUCGAAGAAUGAUAGAGAAGAGUUCGAAAUUGUAACAGGCUUUCUACAGCAGCUAGAAGAGAAUGGAAACCCUGCAGCCAUGGAGUUCUAUGCUCAUAUCAAGGAGAUACAGAUAGUCUUAGAGGCAUGGCGUUCUACACCCUGUCAACCAAACGCUUUGCCGAUAUCUCAAGACCUUGGCUCUACAGAAGUCUUCCAACGCGCAAUGGCCAAUCCACCAUUGGAAGUCCCGGUUUUACACAACACACAGCUUGGUACUCAGGCAGCGGAUGGCUCACCUUUGAACCUUUCAUUUCUCGAUGACUGGAUCUACGAUAAUGCAUUUCAACAGAUAUGCUGGCAGGAAUAGUGCAGGACCGAUGAAUAGAGUAUUUUGUGAU